UCCGUGGGCGGGGCUUUUGUGGCCGGACUCCUGUGGGCUGGGCUCCUAGAGGUGAGGUUCCCGGCCUCGGGGGCUCAGUCUGGCUAGAACCCGCCGGAAGCCCACUCUCCCAGCUGAGAUGUCUGCAAGCAAGCGGGUGGUCAAGGAGUUGGAGGGCCUUCAGAAUGAGCUUCCCCCAUAUCUACGGAACCUGACUUGCAAAGCUUCAGACGUUCUGCAGUGGCAUGUCCUUCUCCUGCCUGAGAGACCACCUUACAACCUCAAGGCCUUCCACCUGACUGUCAGCUUCCCAAAGGAGUACCCACUGAAGCCCCCCAAGGUGAAGUUCACCACGGCUAUCUACCACCCCGCUGUGGACAGCAACGGUGACGUCUGCCUGCCCAUUAUCAGCAAGGAGAACUGGAAGCCUCAAACCAGGAUCUGCCAAGUUUUAGAAGCCCUCAGCAUGCUGGUGAACAGACCAGAAGAGAGUCUACCCCUGCGGUUGUCACUGGCCCAGCAGCUGGAGCAGAACCCGGACCUGUUCAACCAGGAAGCCAGCGACUUCACCCUUGAGUUUGGAGAGGACCGGCCGUCCUAACUCUGGCUCUGACCCCCAUCUGCACUGGAUCCUGUCUGCAUGGUGGACGGACACACCUUACAGACGUGAACAUCACAGACAUGGAUGGAAGCCCACCACCCCUGAGCCAGUUUGCGGCUCAUCCCAUUUCAUGCUUGCUUUUUCCCUUCUUAGGCUGUUACUCAUCUCUCCCUCUCCCUCUCCCUCUCCUUCUCUAUAUGUCUGUGUCUAUGUCUGUCUGCAUGUACCGAGUUCAGGUUUACCUUCCUCUGCCCCAAAGCCUGUGUGUGUGUGUGUGUGUGUGUGUGUGUGUGUGUGUGUGUAUGUUUUGCAGAGUUUCAACCCAGUCCCCCCCCAGUGUCCUCUGACAUGGGUCACUUACUGGUCUCACUCAAUUGCUCUGUCUUAAAUAUGCAUGUCAGUUUGCAGAAAACUCAAGACACCAGCCAGAAUCUUCCAAAGACCCUGGGGGGGGGGGCAGGCGGGGACCCUGAGGAAUUAAUUACCUGGCUUCAAAUUAAAGAUGGGACCUGCUUCAAGUGAA